AAGCUCGUUCGCUUGCUAACUAGUUAGCAUGGCUACCGCCUAAUCACACAAUCUGACUGCAGUGCAGCAGCGGAGCGGGGAGGACAGGGCUGGCGGCGGCCACUUCUACUUGCUAAGUGUUUAUCUAUCUCUGUUUAACCUUUGUUUUGAUCAAGAUGGGAACAAGAGACGACGAAUAUGACUAUUUGUUUAAAGUGGUUCUGAUCGGGGACUCUGGUGUGGGGAAGAGUAAUCUUCUGUCCCGCUUCACCCGGAAUGAGUUCAAUCUGGAGAGCAAAAGCACCAUUGGAGUGGAGUUUGCCACUCGCAGCAUUCAGGUGGAUGGGAAGACUGUAAAAGCCCAAAUAUGGGACACGGCUGGGCAGGAGCGUUACAGAGCUAUCACCUCAGCGUAUUACCGUGGAGCUGUGGGGGCUCUGUUAGUGUAUGACAUUGCGAAGCACCUGACCUAUGAGAAUGUGGAGCGCUGGCUGAAGGAGCUGAGAGACCACGCAGACAGCAACAUCGUCAUCAUGCUGGUCGGCAACAAGAGCGACCUGCGUCACCUCCGGGCCGUGCCCACCGAUGAAGCACGCGCGUUUGCAGAGAAGAAUGGGCUGUCUUUCCUUGAGACAUCAGCUCUGGAUUCCACUAAUGUGGAGACAGCCUUUCAGACCAUCUUGACUGAAAUCUACCGCAUCGUGUCCCAGAAGCAGAUGUCUGACCGCCGGGACAACGACAUGUCACCUAGCAACAACGUGGUGUCCAUCCAGGUGCAGCCCACUGAGAAUAAACCAAAGAUGCAGUGUUGCCAGAGCAUCUAGCCCCCUCCAUGACCCUCUUCCCAGCCCACCUGCAGAAGCCCUCACCCCCCUGCCUUCCCUUCUCUCCUCUCACCCCCCACCCUCUCCCCCACCACUUCUUAAAGACUGCUUUGGUUCCGAGACACAGCUGCAUGGCCAGGCUUCAGCACAGAAGCUGUGUUUCUAAACCUCGGAUCUCAAAAGGGUCACCACCUGCGCUCUGGACUAAGCUUAUCAUUUUUUUUCCUGCCGUCCUUGGCUUUUAUAUUGCAGAAUUUUAAUAAUCAGUCAUGCUGAUGUUCACAGAAAUGUCUUAAUAUAUUAUUUCAUUUUGCGAAAAGGUGCAAGGUUUGUUCGUGUCCAUGUUGUAAGCGGCCGCCUCGUGUUUGUGGCUCAGCCAGUGGCAGGGCUUGCGGCCUGCAGUAUUGGAGGUGUUACUGUAUCGGCGUUGUGAUUUAGACAGAUGAAUAGUCUCCAUUAAUACAUGUUAGAUUAGCAUUAGGUCCCAGAGACCAUUGACUUCUCCAUCUUUGGCUGUGGCUGCAUUUUGAGCCUAUACGUCACUUUGCAUGUAAACUUAAAUGCCAGCUUACGCACACUUAUCACAUAUUUUGACGCUGACCAUUUGGGCAGUAGCUUUGCUCAUUAGUCACCAAGAUGGUGGUGGCUCCUGUGGCAGAAUAUGCCUGCAUGCUUUAUAUCAGCAUCAGGAGAAGUGGUGGAGGUGAAGGAGGAGGAUUGUAGCUUUCAGCACAGGGAACACCCCGGACAUGGUUCUUCACGUUGACCCACAGCUCCUGCUGCUGCUGCUACUGCUGUCUUCACUCAUCUUGUGCUUCUCUUGCAUCUUCUUGUGGGGUAGAGUAGUGGUUCUAGUGCCUUUCUCAACGGAAUGUCACACGGGGACGCCUCCAGUUUCGCGCAUGUGCUCCCACUGUGGGGGUUUUCCGCAGUCCUCUUGCUCUGCGCAGCAGUGCCGCGAGGCCAUCAUCACAUGAUCUUCAGUAGUCCUAUAAUAGCAGCAUUCAUACUCUCUUGUGUGACUGCUGUCUUUUUCUGGAUGUUUCCUGCCUUUUGAUGUGAUCUCCAUUUUUGCCCUUCAUAUGUAAUACAAUUGAUCUUGUAGCCAGGUUUAAUAGCCAGGUUAAAUCUGUCAUAAAGAACAACUGAAGUCCAAAUUUAGGAAGAUAUAUAGAGGAUCAAUCCAUUUUGUGAUUAAAAAGUGAAAAUCUUAAGCGUUUGACAGUAAAUACAGGCACAAUUCUUUAACCAGACUCUUAAAAUUAUUAUAAUAAUACUCUGAAAACACUAUCAGAAUAUAAGUAAUAUAAUAAGUCAGGGAAAAUCAUAAACCGUCCACCUCUCAAGACCACAUGGCACCUAACAUAAUAGCUUAUCCCCUUCAAAGUGCCACUCUUUUAAGUUGGGGUUAGAACAGCAGGGGUGAAAUACUGCUCAUAUGACCAUAAGUGAUGACUGUAGACUGGAGCUUUUUCUGUAUGUUUGCACCAAACACAAUAUUCCUGAACUAACCCACACUACAGUUAAUUUUUUAGACCUUUAACAAGUAUUUAUUCUGUGGUAGCUGACUGACUUAUUAGCAUAUUAUUGUGCCCCAUUAUAAAAGAUUCUUGAAAUUUAAGGAUGUGCGAUGUCUAUGAAAAAUGAUCAGAGUAAAUUAAGAAUGUAUAAUGUAUUGUAGCCCAGUAUAAUCUUGUUGUGAUUGUAAAAUCAAGCAUUCCUAUGAUUCAGCAGAUGUGGGCUUGGCCACAAGCUGCAACAGUUUUGUGCAUCAUAGCUGUCUUAAGGAUUUGUAUUGUGUGAAGUAGAAAUUUUAGUGUGGACUGGAAUUGUAAUGCAUGGUAUAUUGUGGUUACACCAAAUAACCUCAGAGCUCAUCAGCUACUCAGCCUGCACCCCUUAAAAUAUUGAUAUUCAAAAUGUUAUUCAUGACCAAUAUCCACUUAGGAGGAUUCUCACUGAAAUAGAAAGAAGUGAUGGCUCUCCAGGGUUAAGGUGGUUAAGCCUUUCCCAGGCUGUAGUAGCUGGUGUAGUAAAACAGAAUCAGAAUGAAUAGUGUGGACUGACGUUGCCAAAGUGUAUGGGUGUGAGCCUUUCGACAGGUUUUCACAAAAUUGACCCCAAGUGUUAGACCUCGCUCAGUAUGAACAUAGCAAUAUAACAGUGUCAAACAGAAUCUAGUUACUGUUGUGAAGGAUCGGCCACAUCAUACACAUAUAUAAAGUAUGGCACUGUCUUUCUCUGUGCAUUCUGUCUGUAUGGUGUUGGGCCUUGCUUCAGACUGGCCCUCGGGACCUUAAAACUGAUGUGUGACUGACCGGUAGAAGCAUGAGGGGCGGUGCCAAUGAUGUAUGGGUACAGAUGGCACGGCUAGGCCCAGCCUAAGCACUGCACAUAGCUUGUGUUAAUUAGUUUACCUGGAUAUUGAUGUUCUGACUGUCAGUUAUCUUUCACAUAUUGCCUCAAGAACAUUUUUUUUGUCUGCGCUGUACUGUGAUUUUUUUUUAUUUUUAUUAUUAUUAUUAUUAUUAUAAUUAUACUAUUACUCUAUCCACUGUAAUUCCAAUUUCAAAGUGAAAAAUAAAAGAAUGGCUACACAGGUCAUUUUGAAGAUUU